UAGCGACGUGCUGAGUGACCGAUCCCCAGUUGCUUUUUGUGUUCGACACGCGUCGGUCGCGUUGUGAAUCGCUGAGUGCCUUUAACGUUUCUUUUAAUAGCUAAGUUUACCCAAUUAUUUGGACACUUACUGCACGUGUUUUGGGAGGGGAAUAUUUAAUUAAUUAUCUAACAACAAACUGUGAUCAUGGAGAAUACUACUUCUCCCAUGUAUCAAUUCUGCGGCUCGGAUUUUUGGGAUGCCGACAAGACGUGGUGGACAACUGAUCCCGAUUUUACACCAUGUUUUGAGAAAACUGUUCUUGUCUGGGCACCGUGUGCAUUCUUAUGGCUAUUCGUCCUCUUCGACGUUUAUUAUCUCAAGGCAAGCUUCGACCAGAAUAUCCCGUGGACAAAACUAAAUAUAAGCAAACUGCUGAUAAAUAUUGGACUGCUUGUAAUCACGGCCUUGGACUUAAUUGUGGCCUUAGUGAAAAAGAACGAUAUUUCAAUACACGCUGUUGAUAUUUGGAGUCCUAUUAUAAAGUUCGCCUCUUUUUUGCUGACCUUUUUAUUUAUAACGCUGAAUCGAAAAUAUGGCGUCCAAACAUCAGGCUGUCAGUUUUUGUUUUGGUUUUUCUUAACUGUUUUGUCGAUACCUCGCUGCCGAACAGAAGUACGUGCGGAGAAAGAACGCGGUCAAAAACUAGACUGGACUGACCAAGAGGACUGGGAGGGCUAUCAGUACAUCAGCUUCUUUAUUUUCUUUGCGUUUUCAUGCGUCAUGUUGUUGCUGAAUUGCUAUGCGGACAGCCUGCCAAGGCAAACGAAAUAUCAACGUGGACAGAAUGAAAUACCUGAAUUAUCGGCCAGCUUCUUGUCUCGCAUCACAUAUCAUUGGUUCGAUGCAAUGUCGUUGAAGGGUUACCGCAAACCACUCGAGCAAGAAGAUCUCUGGGAUUUGCGGCCACAGGAUAGUUGCAAGGAGGUGAUGCCGACAUUCGCUUAUCACUGGAACAAGAAUGUGCGUAAAAACUACAAGAAGCCAUCCCCUUCGGAGCCAAAUGCCAAGUUUAUCAAUGGAAAGGUUUCUUUCGACAACCCACAUGGCGAGCGAAAUGGCCGAAAGAAGGGCAUGGCUUCUAUUAUGCCUGCAAUCUACAAGUCAUUUGGCGGCGUGUUUCUAUUCGGUUCAGUUAUGAAACUGAUAACUGAUGUACUAACAUUCGCUCAGCCACAAGUGCUAAGUCUAAUUAUCGGAUUCGUUGAGGAUUACGAAAAAGACCCUCAGCCGGAGUGGAAGGGAAUUAUGUAUUCGGUGAUGCUGUUUGUCUUGGCUGCCACGCAGACUUUCAUUUUGGCUCAGUACUUCCAUCGCAUGUUCAUUGUUGGCCUCCGCAUUCGUACAGCACUUGUCAGUGCCAUUUAUCGAAAAGCAUUGCGCAUCUCAAACUCCGCCAGAAAGGAGUCUACUGUGGGCGAAAUUGUCAAUUUGAUGGCAGUGGAUGCGCAGCGGUUCAUGGAUUUGACAACCUACCUAAAUAUGUUGUGGUCGGCACCGCUACAAAUCUCGCUAGCCCUCUUCUUCCUGUGGCAACAGUUGGGCCCUUCUGUUCUGGCCGGCCUCGCAGUUAUGAUAAUUUUAAUACCAGUUAAUGGCUUUAUAGCCAAUCGGAUCAAGACAUAUCAAAUACGUCAAAUGAAGUACAAGGACGAGCGCGUCAAGCUAAUGAACGAGGUUCUCAGCGGCAUUAAGGUCCUUAAACUUUAUGCGUGGGAGCCUAGUUUUGAAAAGCAAGUGUUGGAUAUUCGUGAAAAAGAGAUCGCAACGCUCAAAUCUACAGCCUAUCUAAAUGCAAGCACAUCGUUCCUUUGGUCCUGUGCGCCCUUUUUGGUGUCAGUGGUUACGUUUGCCACAUACGUGCUGAGCAGCGACGAAAAUAUCCUCACCGCUGAAAAAAUAUUUGUCAGCAUUACAUUAUUUGAUACCCUCAAGCUGCCUCUGGCCACCUUGCCCAUGCUUGCUGUUGACAUAGCCGAGACGCAAGUCUCUGUAAAUCGCAUAAAUAAGUUUUUGAAUAGCGAAGAGCUCGACCCGAACAACGUGAAGCACGAUGCUUCAAAACCACAUCCCAUGACCAUUGAAAACGGUCAAUUUUCCUGGGGUGAUGAUGAUGUAACUCUAAAAAACAUCAAUAUUGAGGUACGAAAGAACAAUUUGGUUGCUAUUGUGGGCACCGUUGGGUCCGGUAAGUCCUCCGUGAUACAAGCCUUCUUGGGCGAAAUGGAGAAAAUAUCGGGCACUGUCAACACAGUGGGCAAACUGGCUUAUGUGCCGCAACAGGCUUGGAUCCAAAACGCAACGCUGCGCGACAAUAUAUUGUUUGGGCAGGAAUACGAUCGCAAACGCUAUAAUCGAGUGAUCGACGCGUGCGCGUUGCGAGCAGAUAUUGACAUUUUAUCGGCGGGUGACCUCACCGAGAUCGGAGAGAAGGGCAUCAAUUUGUCGGGUGGACAGAAGCAGCGCAUUUCGUUGGCGCGCGCCGUCUAUAGCAACGCUGAUCUCUAUCUGCUGGAUGAUCCGCUAAGCGCAGUCGACUCGCAUGUAGGCAAACACAUCUUCGAAGAGGUGAUCGGACCAAAAGGCCUAUUGGCUGGCAAGACACGAGUUCUGGUCACGCAUGGCAUUACAUUUUUACCGCAAGUGGACAACAUUUAUGUGAUGAAGCUUGGCGAGAUUAGCGAAAGCGGCACCUACAACGAGCUCCUCAAGAACAAGGGAGCCUUCGCCGACUUCCUGAUUCAGCAUUUACAGGAGGGAGAAGAGGAGGAGGAGGAGCUCGAUCAAAUAAAGCGCCAGCUGUCCAACAGCAUUGAUGCGCCCGAAUUGCUUGGUACUGUUGAGAAAGCCAUUAAGCUGGCUCGAUCCGAGAGCCUUUCGGACUCCAUUUCCGUAACAUCCGCCGAUAGUUUAAUGGGCAGUUUGCGCCGUCGCACCAAACGCCAGGAAUCGAACGACUCUGAAGCCUCGGCGGCCUCGCUUAAAAAAAAACAAGAAGUCGAAGGCAAACUAAUCGAAACGGAAAAGUCACAAACUGGUGGGGUCGAUUUCGCUGUCUAUAAGCAUUACAUUAAAAGUGUUGGCGUCUUUCUGGCCAUAGCUACGCUAGCUCUUAACUUUGUGUUCCAAGCAUUUCAAAUUGGUUCCAAUCUAUGGCUCACAAAAUGGGCCAAUGAUAAAGAUGUGGCCAACGAUACCAGUCGCAGAGAUAUGUAUUUGGGUGUCUAUGGUGCCUUCGGUUUCGGUCAAGGUGUGUUUGCCUACUUCGCGGUUGUAAUCGUCUACUAUGGCACCUUUAAAGCGGCCUUAAAGAUUCACAACGAACUGCUGCAUAUUAUCAUCAGAGGCUCGGUAUGCCGAUUUUUUGAUAUAACGCCCAUUGGUCGGCUAUUGAAUAAUUUCAGCGCUGAUAUGGAUGUUAUUGACGAGGAAUUGCCCGGCACCCUGGACACAUUUUUAACCUUUAUUUUUAUGGUUUUGGCCACUAUUGUGGUUAUAAGCUUAUCUACGCCAAUCUUUCUGGUUGUCAUCAUCCCUAUAGCGAUCUUAUACUACUUUGCUCAGCGGUUUUACGUCGCAACAUCUAGACAAUUAAUGCGAUUGGAGUCCGUAUCGCGUUCACCAAUUUACUCGCACUUCGGCGAGACGGUUACGGGGGUUUCAACGAUUCGUGCCUAUACUGUGGAGGAUCGUUUCAUUGAGGAAUCGGACGCGAAGGUGGAUAAAAAUCAAGUGUGCAAGUAUCCAUCCAUGAUUGCAAAUCGUUGGCUUGCCGUUCGACUGGAAAUGGUUGGCAAUCUCAUCAUUCUGUUUGCCUCAUUGUUCGCCGUGCUCGGUGGCCAGAAGAAUCCCGGUCUUGUUGGGUUGUCGGUAAGCUACGCCUUGCAGGUGACACAGACUCUUAACUGGCUGGUGCGCAUGACCUCGGAUAUUGAGACGAAUAUAGUUUCGGUGGAGCGCAUUAAGGAGUACGGUGAAACGAAACAAGAGGCGGCAUGGGAGCUGGAGCAGGACAAGUCGAAACCGAAACACUGGCCCGAAGAGGGACGUGUUGCUUUUGAAAACUUCAAGGUGCGUUAUCGUGAGGGCUUGGAUCUGGUCCUACGUGGCGUAACCUUCAACGUAGCUGGCGGUGAAAAGGUCGGCAUUGUGGGGCGCACAGGUGCAGGCAAAUCAAGCUUGACCCUCGCUCUGUUCCGUAUUAUCGAGGCUGCUGAGGGACGUAUUCUGAUAGAUGGUGUUGAUAUUGCCAGCUUGGGUCUGCACAUGCUGCGAUCACGCUUAACGAUUAUACCUCAGGAUCCGGUGCUGUUUUCUGGUUCGCUACGUAUAAAUUUGGAUCCGUUCGACGUGAAGACCGACGAUGAAAUCUGGAGAGCAUUGGAGCUAUCGCACCUAAAGACCUUUGUGAAGAGCUUACCGGCAGGUCUGAAUCAUGGCAUUUCAGAGGGCGGUGAGAACUUGUCUGUCGGUCAGAGGCAGUUAGUUUGCUUGGCCCGUGCGCUGCUGCGUAAAACUAAGGUGCUAGUGCUCGAUGAAGCCACAGCUGCUGUUGAUUUGGAAACUGAUGAUUUAAUACAAAAAACCAUUCGUUCCGAGUUCAAAGGCUGUACAGUGCUGACCAUUGCCCAUCGUUUAAACACCAUACUCGAUUCCGAUAAGGUUAUUGUGUUGGACAAGGGCGUUAUUAAAGAGUUCUCCUCGCCCACCGAAUUAUUGGACAAUCCGAAAUCAGCCUUUUACAGCAUGGCCAAGGAUGCUAAUCUAAUUUAAUUAAUUUCCAUAUUCUGGAAAUUUCAAUGAAGAAACUCAAACUGUGUCCAAAUAAGCCAUCGACUUAGCACUACUUAAAUCUAAUCGGAAAAGCUUACAGCAUUGUACUUACUACCCCACAUAUAUGGGAUUGAUUUGAGAAAUGUUCUACCUCGGCAUCACACCAAACAAAAAUAUGAUAAAAAAAAGUACCACUUAAUGUUCAUUAAGCUAAGCAGAAAGUUUCUCAAUUUUACGGUAUUUUAUAUGUUUUGUAUGUGAAAGGAAAAUGUAAUUAAUUGUCCUUAUGUGUA